UGUGUCCCCAGGUGUGCCAGCUGUCCCCAGCUGUCCCCAGGUGUGCUCCUGUCCGAGUCUCAGGUACCACCAGCUGCACCCCGAGUACAUCCACGAGCGGCUCCGGGCUCUGGGGCGGAGCUUCGGCCUCCAGGUGCUGCUGCUGCAGGUGGACGUGCGGGAUCCCCUCCAGGCUCUGCAGGACCUGGCCCGGAUUUGUCUCCUCAGCGACUGCACCUUGCUGCUGGCCUGGAGUGCGGAGGAGAGCGGUCGCUACCUGGAGACCUUCAAGUGCUACGAGCAGAAACCGCCCGACCUCCUCCGGGAGCGCGUGGAGCCCGACUUCCUGUCCCGGGUGUCCGACUGCCUGACCAGCGUCAGAUCCGUCAACAAGAGCGACGCCCUGGCCCUGCUGGGCACCUUCGGGUCUCUGGCAGCCGUGGCGGCCGCGUCCCCCCAGGAUCUGUCCCUGUGCCCCGGCGUGGGACCCCAAAAGGCCAAGCGCCUUUUCGACGUUCUGCACCAGCCCUUCCUCAAGAGCGCCUGAGGAGCCCCAAAACCGCCCCAAAUCACCCCAAAAUCACCUCAAAACACCCCAAAACCGCCCCAAAUCACCCCAAAAUCACCUCA